GUGUUUUCUUUUGUUAUUCAAAGUGGCUUAUUGUUUUAAGUGUAUUAAAGGGGCUAAUGUCCUUUAUGAUUUUAUGUCGUCAAAUAAUAACAAUUCCACAACAACUUAUUAUACGUACCCCAGGCAAAAUAAAACAACAACUGCAACAUCAACACGUCAUCAAGGACCAUCAACAUCAUCAGUGGUAUCUUCAUCUGUAACAGCUGCAUCUUCAUAUGCAGCCGCUGUACUUGCUAUGGUCUGGCAAAGAUCCUCCUCGCAUGAAACGAAACCAUCAGCGCCACAUCACAAGGAUGUGUUAGCCAAAUACGAUGCGGCUAAAAAUCAAACAACUUCUAGUACAACCCUUAAACAACAUCAGUUAAAAUGUUCUGGGUUAUCAGCAUCCAAACCAAAUUUAAUUCAUUCCGAGACAAAGUUACCAUCACUUGAAAUAAGUAAAUCAGCAUCAAGAUUACAUUUGGUUGCUGCUAGUCCAAUCAAUGAAUCUAACAAUAUAUUAGUAAACAUAAAUAAUAAACAAGAUACAACCAAUAACAAUAAUAGUAAUAUCAAUAAUAAUGAACAACAAUCAAAUUCACCAGAUUCUAAUUCCUCAACAAACAGUAUUAAAACUCCUAUGAGUAGGCAAGAAGCCUUGAAACUUUAUGGAAAUCGUUUAACGGAUUAUGAAAGAGAGGAAAUAUUGAAUUAUGAUAAAAUAUGGUACCUUGGACUUGAUGCCUGCAAAUUCCUAGGGGAUGAUAUUACUGCAGCAAAUUGGGGUUAUGAUGAUGAAAAUGGCAGUUACAACAAGGUUUUACAUGACCAUAUUAGUUACCGAUAUGAAAUAUUAGAAGUAAUUGGUAAAGGAAGUUUUGGUCAAGUCAUACGUGCAUUAGAUCAUAAAACAAAUGAACACAUUGCGAUAAAAAUCAUUAGAAAUAAAAAACGCUUUCAUCAUCAGGCAUCCGUUGAAGUCCGAAUACUAUCAGAUUUACGUAAUCGUGAUAAAGAUGGCACACACAAUGUUAUACAUAUGUUAGAUUUUUUUUAUUUUCGUAAUCAUCUAUGCAUUAGUUUUGAACUUAUGAGCCUAAACUUAUAUGAAUUAAUAAAAAAGAAUAAUUACCAAGGGUUUAGUUUAAGUUUGAUACGACGUUUUGCAAAUUCGUUAAUAAAAUGCUUACGAUUAUUGUAUCGUGAAAAAAUUAUACACUGUGAUUUGAAACCGGAAAAUAUUUUAUUAAAACAACGAGGAAGUAGUUCAAUUAAGGUCAUCGACUUUGGAAGCUCUUGUUACACACAUGAAAGAGUCUAUACUUACAUACAGUCACGAUUUUAUCGAUCACCCGAAGUAAUAUUAGGGUUAAAUUAUGGUACAGCUAUUGACAUGUGGAGUUUAGGAUGUAUUUUAGCAGAAUUGUAUAUCGGACAUCCCUUGUUUCCUGGUGAAAAUGAAGUUGAACAACUAGCAUGUAUCAUGGAAGUAUUAGGUCAACCUCCAGAAGAUGUUUUGAAACGAGCUAAAAGACGUCGCAUUUUCUUUAAUACAAAUGGUGAACCCAGAUCAAUCAGAAAUAGUAAAGGAAAACGGCGUGUACCAGGAUCCAAAAAUUUAACAAUGGCUUUAAGAAAGUGUACAGAUUCGUUGUUUAUUGAUUUUAUCAGUAAAUGUCUCGAAUGGAAUCCAAAAAAACGAAUGACACCUGAAGAAGCUGUGCGCCAUGAAUGGUUACAAUCAUCGCUAUUCCAACAACGUACAGAACUACGGCAUUCACAUUCCGAAGCAAAUGUUACAUCAAAAUCAAUAUCAACGACAACGACAACAUUAGAUGAAACAUACAGACUGUACAAAAACUCAGGUUCAACAACAAUUACUGUUGGUGAUAAAACAACAACAAAUGAGGCCAAAUCUAAUAAUUUAGUUGAUGACGAUGAUCUUAGUGCUAAUUCAUCCGUAGACUCUAAUUUAAACACUACAACAUCCACAUCUACAACUACAACCAAUAACGAUAAGGACGAAAGAGUAUAUCAACCACGGAAUAUCUUAAAAACGAAAAUUACUGAAAUAAAUGUCUAUACAAAUUUUGGUCAAAUUCCUAUUUGCGAAAAGAAAACCAAAAUCUACUCACUAAAAGGAUAAUAAAAUAAACAGAAAAACAAAGUUAACGCAUGUAUCGUGCCAUGACUCUCAAAUAUAUUGUAGACAUAUCUCUCUGAAUAAGGUUUAAUAUAAUAAUCUCGACAAAUAAGAUCUAAAGAUUUUCGAAUCUUGA